CUACGCUGCACGCGUUGGAACAGCGAAAUAAAGAGGGGAAGUGGGGACGCGUCUUCACGUUUGUGGAGAAAGAGGCUGCGCUGCGACGAUUUUUUUACCGAACAUCUACGUUUUUCUGCGUUUUUUCUUCCCAUCUUCACGCCCCUCUCCCCAAUUUUCAGCUCCUUUGCCCACAAGGUAGCGAAGAUGGUGAAGUACGCGAAGGAGCCGUCCAACGAAAACAAAUGCUGCAAGGCAUUUGGCCAGGACUUGCGUGUCCACUUUAAGAACACGCACGCGACGGUUCAGGCCAUCAAGAAGGACAAGAAGGGCAACCCGAUGAAGCUUUCUGCCGCCAAGAAGUUCCUCGAAGAUGUUAUGGAGAAAAAGAGGUGCGUUCCGUUCAGAAAGUUCACCGGCUGCAUCGGCCGCAAGGCUCAAGCCAAGGAGUUCAAGCACACCCAAGGGCGGUGGCCAGUCAAGUCCUGCAAGUUCGUCUUGGACCUGCUCAGAAACGCCGAGUCCAACGCUGAGAUGAAGAACCUGGACGUGGACAACCUCGUGAUUGAGCACAUCCAAGUGAACCGGGCGCCGAAAGGUCGCCGCAGGACCUACCGCGCUCACGGCCGCAUCAACCCAUACAUGUCCCAGCCGUGUCACAUCGAGGUUAUCCUGCGCGAGCAAGAGCAGGCCGUGGAGAAGCCGUCCGUUGAAGGCGUCAAGGCGAAGACCAUUCGCCUCACCAAGAAGGCCUUGGCGCGCAGCCGCGUGAGAGUGGGAGGCGGCAGCAACUAAGCGUCACCCGAGCGGGCUCCGGAAAGAGCAGACGUCGUAGCCGUUUUCGUCGAUCCUACGGUUCCUGCGCUCAGAAAAAAGCCGAAAGGCGAAAUCGACGCAGGGGAACGAGAGGGCGGCUAUGCGCUUCUCUCACUGACCGAAGUCUGGGGUGGAUGGUCAACUUGGGGAGAAAGUCAGUUGUCUCUGCUACACUCUGGGGUGUGAAGGAGACUUUCUGGGGCGGUGUGUACGGACGCUUGCAAGAGUGAACAAACAGUCCUGUCUCCUUAAAUACCUUAAAACGUUAUCCCAAACACUCUUAGUUGCACAGCCUCUAAACAACAGG